CCCUCCAGGAUCCAGAGCUGUAAGACCAGGGGGAAGGACUCUGGUGACUCCCCCAAGGCUCGAGCAAGACCCGGCUGACCACUAACAGUCUGGGCGCUUCCCGUGCGCUCCAGCAACGCAGCCCGCUUCGCUGCUAGAGCGCUUUUGCGCGCCACUGCCGCCCAGCGCGCGAACCCAGAGAGGUCGCGGGCAGGAGGACCCGGGAGGAAUGCAGCCCUCCGAGCCCUGAGAGCCUCGACGUUCUGAGACGGUAGGGGAAUCUCUGGGAGCUGCCAUAGGUCGGAUGGGGCCCCCAGAUCUGUAACUGGAGAAGGAUCCAGGUCCCCGAGGGGCAUCUCCAGCUGGCACCUCUGGGCCUCGGACCGCGGACUCGGAGCCCAGGCUGUCCCGUGGCCAAACCGGCCCGAGUUCCAGUCUCCGGCACGCGGCAGCCUCGCACCCCGGACCCUCCCGGGCACGGAGCAUGUCCAGCCGCCUUACUCAGCCCUCACGGGCAGUGGCGGGACGAACUCUGGCUGCUCCAAGCACCCCGACUGGACCCUGGGCAGCCUCUUCUGUCCGGCUGGCCUCUCCCCUGGGUUUAGCCCCCUCGCGCCCCCGCGCGUCCUUCUUUGUUUCUGAGCUUGCUCUGAAAGUGAUGUAACGAGGCCAGACUCGCGCGCCGCUUUCCCUCUUUCCCAGGCUAAGUCCUUCCUCCCUCCAGCACCCGGCGCUCUGCGCGCAGAGCUGGGUGCUGGCCUGCGCCGCCGCUCAGCUCCCAAAGCCCUGGAGACCGACGGGCACUGCUGGGAAAGACAAGCUCCCACGUCCCACCUCCUGGAUGCAGAGUCAGUUGGAAAACCAGGCUUUCCUUCCAGAAACAAGGGAGAGAGCCGAGGAAACAGCUGCUGUGGAGGUUUCUAAGGAGACUCAAACUGGUGUUUUUUCCCCCGCGCUCCCGGGAGACGGCAGGAAACCUCAGUAGGGAGGAACAUUGCUCCCUGGCUAGCAGGCAGUCCCCAACCUGGAUGGAGUGAAAGAUGCGGCCUGAUGACAUUAACCCGAGGACUGGGCUGGUUGUGGCCCUGGUGAGUGUCUUCCUGGUCUUUGGCUUCAUGUUCACUGUCUCUGGGAUGAAAGGAGAGACUCUGGGAAACAUCCCCCUCCUGGCCAUAGGGCCAGCCAUCUGCCUCCCAGGCAUCGCAGCCAUUGCCCUGGCCAGGAAAACUGAGGGAUGCACCAAGUGGCCCGAGAAUGAGCUGCUAUGGGUCCGCAAGUUGCCCUGCUUCCGGAAACCCAAGGACAAGGAGGUGGUGGAACUGCUGAGGACCCCUUCAGACCUGGAGUCGGGCAAGGGGAGCUCAGAUGAACUGGCAAAGAAGGUGUGCCUCAGGGGGAAGCUCCCCCUCCAAGGGCAGGGCGAGGUGCCUAUGGUCAGCUCCAUCACCACCCCCACACCCGCGGAGGAAGGAGAAUGCCAGAGCCGGGUCCAGAGCGGGCAUCGGGAGGAGCCGUCCAGACACCUGGAUGGCUACUGUCCCUCAGGCAGUUCCCUCACCUAUAAUGCGUUGGAUGCCAAGUGCUCAGCCUGGGACAGGUCUGAGUGCCCUGAGCCUGAGGACAGCAUCUUCUUUGUGCCCCAGGACAGUAUCAUCGUUUGCUCCUACAAGCUGAACAGACCCUAUGAAAGAUACUGUUGUUACAUCAAUCAGAGCCAAGGCAUAUGGGACCAUGAGACGAUAGUCUAAGCUUUGCAUACAAGGGUCACUGUGUUAAAAGCAAUAUGACCAUACUCAGCUCUCAAUGGAAGGAAACUGCCCUGCUCCAACAGCCUUCACACUGUUAGAAACUGACCUGGUAUGUGAUGGGUGUGCAAGCCUCCGGUGCCUGAGAGCCAUGUAAAUAGGCAUGUUGGGGACACAUUUUAGGGAAGGAUGAUGAAGGUUAAGGACACUUGAAGAGGCAGUGGGUAGGAAAGGAAGCAGUUCCAAUUGCUUUUAAACAAUUUAAACCAUGUUGGAUGUUUUGUAAAAUAACCCAGAAAGUGCUACCGAGUACCUGCUGAAAGCAAGAUAAAUCUAGAGUGGGCUGCAGAUACCAGGCAUGAAAUGAUACGUGGACUAUUCAUAGGGAAACUGAGCUGCUUUCAGUCUAAAGAAACUGAAUGAAAAAACAAUUCAGUGCCUCAUUGUAUGAAAUGAUUUUCGUCUGGUGAAGCUUUUCACACUUAGUAUUUGCUGAAAGAAAAAAAAUUAAGAUAGAAUAGCUACAAACCUCCUAAGGUGCAAUGGCUAUUGGAGAAAGGGGAGUUAAAGACAGUUGAAUUAUGUAAUUGAGUUUUAUGUUAUUAUCUUCAGACAAGACCAGGGAUUUUAAGUAAAGCAAAAUAAGUGUGACCAGUUGUGUGAAAAACUAACAUUUUUAGAUGGUUAUGUUACUUCUGAAACUCUUCAUUUAAUUUGACUUACUGGGUCUUUAUCUGAAGUGUUUUUUAGCAUUUACUAUCAUUCAUGUAUAAUUUCCUCAUCAGGUGCAAUAUGACUUGAUGUAAUAUUUUCAUAGAUUAGAAUUUGUUUUCAUCAAGUCAAAAUGGAUUUUACAUAUAUAUACAAGUGUCUUUAACGUUUCUGGGAGAUGUUAUUACUAUUCCUAUAUGCCUUUUAAAAUUUGAAGUCUGUGACGUCAAUACCAUUAGUCUUGAACUUUAUGCAGAAUUUACAUGAAAUGCAAUGGUUAAAUUUCUGAAAAUGUCAUUAUUUGUACACUUGUUCAACACUCCCAAAGACUGUAAAUGCCAAUGAAACAAGAGUUAAUCCACUAGAUUUAACUAAAGCCCAGUUUUUAUUAUGUUCACCUGAUCAGUGAACAUUACAUGACAAAGGUCUGUUUUAUUUAAUUUUUUGCUGCUGAGAAAAAAAAAAUCACAAUGGGAUCCUAAAAUGUAUUUCCUACUUCAUUUGCUCACUGGCAAUCAACCAAAAUACCAUUUGAUCCCUGCUGAAGAGAAAAAUUAAAUUAUAUAUAGAAAUGGUGGUAUAUUUCAUUUUAAAGAUCAGGAUAACUUUGCAUCCUUCAAAGAAUGAUUUAUUUUUUAAUGAUUGUAUAGUUUCAGCCACUUUCUCCCAAAAGGGGUGAGCACAAAAAUUUUGGGCAUACCUCUUUUGCGUAUUUCAGAUCCAACUCUGUAAUUCUUUAAGUGUGGCAUUUAUUCUGUCUUAAGAAUUGUGCCCUUAAAAAUCAUAAUUUUCUAAUCAAAUUCAACAUCAAAAUUGUAAUUUUAUUUUAGUAUGACUUAAGUGUUGGAAAACGAGAUGUGUGAUCCUGAGCAAAUUUUACCUUCUUGCACCUCAGUCCCUGAAAUGGGAAAAGUGGGACUGACUGACACCAGAUUAUUUCUGUCAUUCAUUCCCAGUUUGAAUAUUCUAUGGCAUUAUGUCAAAGGCACUUUAUAUUUUGCCAGGAAAUGAAUUACAGCAAAAUGCAUGCCAAGGUUAUGCAAUUCAUAAUAACAAUUAUGCAACAUGGAUUGAAUUCUUGUUGCUAUUCAAAAGAAUUUUGUAGAUAUAUGAAAGUGGAUUUGUUUUAUUACCAAAUAUUAUUUAUUCAACAAAAUAUACUUCUGGGAAUAAAAUGAAGAUGUUAAGGGCAAAAUAUUUUUAAGAAGAAAAUUUUCAAUAUUAGUAUACCCCAAAUAAUCAAAUACAUACCCUUGUACUAAAUGUAAUUUACUUUGUAUUUGGAAUGGAGGGAAAAUAGUUUCCUAAAAUCACAAUACCUCUUAAUAAUUCUACUGCAUUUUGAAAGAUGGAAAUCAUGUUUCUACGAAGGUAAAAAUUAUUGGAUAACUCUUAGGAAUAAAAAUCUUCUCUAAUUUGUCACUUGUGGACAUCUUUAGAUGUGAGGAGAUAGCAAGACAUCAGAGAGAGAUGUUCACGCAGACUCAGCAAAUUCUACACAGGGUCUGAAAAGAGAUGGUUGUAGUGUCAGGUAUGGUUUGGGGUUUGGAAAAGUUACUUUCUGAUUUCUUCAGUUCAAACUCCUUGAUACCAUACACACACACACACUCCAAUUUCCAAAUCCAAAGUCAACUACUAGUUUAGAGAGAUAGGGUAUUUUAUUACAUUUUCAAGUCCUAUUUCAGAAGAAACUUUAAGUUUCUUCUUCCAUCUACCUACUUAAGAUCCUUAAAGUAUCUAAGUAUGCAUUUGAGGGAAUUUUCUGCAGUGCUAACAUAAUGGUGUGCAAGUGCUGAGCUGGGAGGCUUAACUUUGACUGGAAAGAAUAAACUGUGUGAUUGUGUGUGUGAAUUUUUCUUAACAUCUUAUAUUAAGCCACCCCCACCUAACACGAAGCAAGGUAGCCUAGUGCCCCACAUCAACACUUGUUAAGUGCUAUUCAGGGUAAAACUGUCAUUCUUUUGAACAGAGGUAGAAGAGAAGAGAAAGGGGUCUGAGCUCUUUAGAGGAAAGCAGAGCAAGCAGUUCAUUCCAAUCAACAGUGUUAGCAAAUGGUUAACAUGAACAGAACUGACAUGAGUAUUGUUCCUGGUAUCCUUUAAGAGCAUUCAGACAGAUAUAAAUUUAACUCAGUAUUGGUUAUUUUUUAUUUUCUGUUAAUCCAAUUAGUCAUUUCAACUUGAUUUUAAAUAGGCAUUUUAUUUUUGAAGUCUUCUCUACUGAAUUUCUCUUGCUCUAUAUUCCUAUUUAUAUUGCACACGGUAUUCUUUUUCCAAACUGUUUCUUGAUUCCAAAGUGUGAAUGUAGCCAAGAUAGCUAAGCUGGAGCUUAUUUAAACAACUGUUUCAAAAUUUAGUUUCCACUGCAAUCAUGGCAAACAAAGUCCAGAUACAGUCAAGUUCAGGCUCUCUUCCAAGCCCUACUAACCAGCUCCUUUGAGAAUGUUUUCAAUAGUUUGGAUCUUAAUAGCCACGGGGCUGGCAAAUGUAGAGAAGGAAGAUUCAUCCUUUGAAAUAUUUUUCCCUUUUGUUAUCUCCAACCUCUACUUAUUUAUUAGUAUCUCCUUCCUGUGUCUACAGCAUCAUUUAUUUGGUGAAUUUGCUGCUUUACUAGUACUUUAUAACAUUAAAGAAAAUGUUUUUGAAAAUACACAGUCCCACUAUCCUAACAGAACUACUAUAUUUCCAUUUUAGUAUUGAUAUAUCUUCCAGGCCUCCCCCACCUUACAUAUUAUAAAUGUGCUUUUUUUCUUUUCUCUUUUAGUUAUAUCCUAAAUAUGUUUUCAUGUUUCUAUGCAGUGUUCCUAAUUAUCACUUAACAAUUUUGUAAUAUGCCAUUUUAGUGAAGUACCAUAAUUUAUCAUGCUGUUCCUUACUGCUAGCCAAAUAUCGAGUGUUAUAGAUGAUUUCGUUGUUUUUUCUUUUUUCUAUUGUUGGUGACACAGCUACACUAUUUGUCAUUUGCCCACAGAGGUAAAAAUGUACAUUUGAAAUGCUGUCUCCUUAUAGAUGAGAGUGACGAGGCAGAAAUGUGUAAAUGGAUCAAAUGCUCAAAUUGUUGGUUUUUUCUUCACUCAGAUAGAUGCAAGACAUAGGCUAAGAAACAAAAUGAUGCUUCUUCAAAAGGUCCCACAUCAGGACCAAAGCCAGUAUUUUUAAGAGUGAGAUGAGACAGAGCCAGUAUUUUUAAGAGUAAGAUGAGACAUUUCCCCAGUUAAGAUACUACUCGUGUGUAACUCAAAAUCAGAUUAGAGUGGUGUCAAUCUUCAAGAGCAUAAUGUUGAAUAAGCAAAAUGAAAAACAGAUGUAGACAUAGACAAUAAUAAUUACUUCGUAAUAUUUCAAAAGCAUUUUCUUAAAGUAUCUCAUCAUAUAUUUUAUAAUAUAUUUAAUAUGUAUGUAUAUUGUUACCUAUUAGUGACUUUCAAAUGAACUGAAUUUCAGGAAUUCAAUAGACUCUAUCCAUGAGUUUUCUAUGUUUCAGUUCCUCACUGGAAAAAUUAAACUGAAGUUGGAGAUGUGGAUAAAUGCUUGGUUCAUCCAAAUAUCUCAAUAAAGGAUUGAAUUCCAUUUAGCCUCUUGUCCAGAUAACAUAAAAUCACGUAAACAUCACUGAGCUAGAGAUCAUGUCUUUGAUUUCUUACCGCCUGCAGGGUCCCUCACUGCAUGGACACCCUACAACAAAAGAAGUUUAUGCAUGAUGCUGUCCAGAUACUCACACAAAUAGCUGGGAACUGAUAUUAGAUCUCCAUGGUCUUUGGCAAGUUAUUCUUGGGCCUGACCCUUGUCAGAGAUCCUUUAUUUUUCCCUUUAUUCCUUCUCCUGACCCCAUGAUAGAGCCUGCAGACUUGGUAUCCUCGAUGACAGAACGAGGCUUAGUGUGCUUUAUCCAAAAUAAGGUACAGAGUUACAGAAGGACAUAAAUCUAUUAAAACAUCUCUUGUGCUGCUCUUUGACAAAUCUAUCCUUAGAAAGUUAAAUAUAACAAAUAUUUUUCAAUUAAUCACUUUCUUAUUUUUCAUAGUAAUGAACUAUUGACUGUGAGACAACUCUAGUCUGAGACAAGACCACAUCUGUUUAGAAGAAUUAGGCUUUUGAAAAUUACCUGCCUGUAAUUCAACGUGAAAAGUAUGGACAACUACUUCAUUGUAAGUGAUUAGACCAACUCACAAAGGCCCACCUGGCCCUGUGCUCUUCCAUCCUAACCUCCCACCCUCCACAGCAGAUAUCUUUUGCUGUUCCCUGACUCUGCCCUGUGGCUGACCACCCUGAGCCUUCGCCCCAACAAUCUUCUCUGCCUCAGAUGUCCUCCCUGUCUUGGCCCCUCUACUGCUUAAUGCCCUAACAUCCUUCAAGGGGCAGCUGCCACAUCUUCCACAAUCCUUUAGAUUUUCCCACUCAGAACUAACACUUCUAUUAUUCUCUGGUCUGACAACAUCUCCACCAUUUAUCAUUGUGCAUAUUAGUUGAGUAUGUGUUUGUCUCUCCAACUACAGUGUAAGCUUUUUGAGGGCAGGAGCCACAUUUUAUUCAUCUUUCCACUCCACUCCCCCCACCCCGGGGCACAUACACACUCUGCCUUGCUCAGUGAAAACUCUCAAUUGCAACAUUUGGGUCACUCUCAAAGCCUACUUCCCCUUUCUAGCAGGAAAAAAGAAACAACUCUACCUUGUUGAUUUGAAUUAAAUCAAAUUGAAUAUAGUCAGCAACAAUGUGGGUUAAAAUAAGCUUCUGUGGGUUGAGACCCUAACUUUUAUUUAGCAUAUUGUUUCUCUGGGGAAACCACACCUUACAUAACAAGGAGAAGAAAGAGAUAAACCUUUCCGGAACAGCUUCUCCUCCGUCCAUGGCUGACCUGACUCUUCACUGCCUGCCUUCUUCUGUGAGUCAUGGGCCGUACUGCACAUGUGACAAGAACUGGUGGUCCCAAGAGCACGUGACAACUGAGCUUUUGAAUUCCUGACCAGAAAGAAGGUGAAUCAAUGUACUUGGGGUAAUCCUGUAAGUAGGUCAACAAAAAAUAAUUCCAGCUUUGACUAUUGUCUCGCUAUUAUGCUUCCAUCCAAUAAUUCUUAACAGGACCUUCAAGGCCACCUAGGUAUUCUCUUGGUCAGUCUUAGGGUGCCAAGUUGCAGACCCUCACCCUCACCUCUUCUGAAACUUCCAUUCUUUGUAAAGGUUGUGAGAUGCUCAGAGACUGUGGUUGAUGAUUUAGAGAAGCCCUGGCUUAUUCUGGAGCAAGAUGAUGACAUUGUUCAGCAAUUCCUCUGAGCAGUAUUUGAGGCCAGUCUUAAUAACUUCUGACCCACACAAUUUGUCCUGUGAAUUUCCUAAAUUAUCUGACUGGCUAAAAGUGGGAUUUAAUUUGAGAUACUCUUUUUCUUGACCAUGCGAACAUCAGGUCUCCUUUAACAAUGGCAAGAAGGACCUCCUUUGAAUAUGAGUGGGGAAGGGGGCAGCAAAGGGAAAGCAUGGCUAUGGAAUUGUCAGCACAGGGAGAAGGGCCAACAGUCCCUGAUUAGGCCCGUCACUGCUGACGCAUCCACCCCCUCCAUCCCCUGACAUCACCGCUUCUCAUCUCUAACAGUCAUAAAUGCUAGAAAAUGUACUAGAGGAUACACCAAACAGAAAUGUUUUAAAAACAAAAAGAGUAAAAGGAAAAGGCAAGCGAAUUUUGAUACAUUUUUUAAAUGGCUAAGAAAAGAAAUACACUUAAGAGUGUAUUCCAGGGCUUCCCUGGUGGCGCAGUGGUUGGGAGUCCGCCUGCCGAUGCAGGGGAUGCAGGUUCGUGCCCCGGUCCGGGAGGAUCCCAC